AUGGCCCGAUUCAGUCUCUCAUUACUCUCUAUUUUCCUCGUCCUUGCGGUCGUCACCCUUUCCAUGCCCACCAAGCGUGAUGAGCAAGCCGCCACUAAACCGUUUGCCCUCGAUAGUACUGUUGGCAAUUUGAUGCAUGCCACCAAAUUGAUGGAUGGUCUUGACAAGGAUAGCCAAAAGGAAAAAGAGGACAAGAAGGCGGCCCAAAAAGAGGAGGCUCAAAAUGAGGAGGCCAAGACCUAUGCGAAGCUGGCUGAGCAGAGCGCGCCUGCUGGCCAGCCUACUCCCACUCCCACCCCUACCAAGAAGCUUUCCUCCGGCAAUUUUGUGACCCCAACUGCUACUCCCACCCACAAGCCCACAUCUGAGCCUAACGCCUUGGGCAGUAUUCCCUUCAUCGGUGGUAUUCUCGGUGGCUCCGGAGUCGGUAUCUAA